UCCAACAUGGACCGAGAAAUGAUAUUGGCUGAUUUCCAGGCAUGUACUGGUAUUGAAAAUAUUGAUGAAGCUAUAACAUUGCUGGAACAAAAUAACUGGGAUUUAGUGGCAGCUAUAAAUGGUGUAAUACCGCAAGAAAACGGCAUUCUACAAAGUGAGUAUGGUGGAGAGACUUUACAUGGACCAGUGUAUGGCCCCACAAGUCAUUCUACAGCAGCUUCUUCAACUCCUUCCUCAUCCUCAGCGUUUCACCAUGUAGUGCCAUCUAGACAAAUAGUGGAAAGACAACCUCGAAUGCUUGACUUCAGGGUUGAGUACAGAGACAGAAGUGUGGAUGUAGUACUUGAAGACAGCUCCACAGUUGGAGAUAUCAAACAUAUUCUAGAAAAUGAACUUCAGAUUCCUGCAUCUAAAAUGCUAUUAAAAGGGUGGAAGACUGGAGAUGUAGAUGAUAGUACUGUUUUAAAAACUCUACACUUGCCAAAAAAUAAUAGUCUCUAUGUUCUAACACCUGACCUGCCUCCUCCUUCUUCAAGUCAUUCUGGGGCCCUGCAGGAAUCAUUAAAUCAAAACUUCAUGCUGAUCAUCACCCAUCGAGAAGUCCAGCGGGAGUACAACCUCAACUUCUCAGGAAGCAGUACCAUUCAGGAGGUAAAGCGGAAUGUGUAUGACCUAACUAGUAUCCCUGUCCGUCACCAGUUAUGGGAAGGCUGGCCCCCUUCUGCCACAGAUGACUCAAUGACUCUAGCUGUAUCGGGACUGACUUUUCCUUGCCAUCGACUUACAGUUGGAAGAAGAUCUUCACCUGUACAAACAAGGGAACAGUCAGAGGAGCAAUGCACUGAUGUUCAUAUGGUUAGCGACAGUGAUGGAGAUGACUUUGAAGAUGCUACAGAGUUUGGAGUUGAUGAUGGAGAAAUGUUUGGAGUAGCAUCGUCUGCCUUGAGGAAAUCGCCAAUGAUGCCAGAAAAUGCUGAAAAUGAAGGAGAUGCCUUAUUACAAUUUACAGCUGAGUUUUCUUCAAGAUACGGUGACUGCCAUCCUGUUUAUUUUAUUGGAUCAUUAGAGGCUGCUUUUCAAGAAGCCUUCUAUGGGAAAGCUAGAGAUAGAAAGCUUCUUGCUAUCUACCUCCACCAUGAUGAAAGUGUACUAACCAACGUCUUCUGCUCACAAAUGCUUUGUGCUGAAUCUAUUGUCUCCUAUCUGAGUCAGAACUUCAUAACCUGGGCAUGGGACAUGACAAAAGAAGCAAACAGAGCAAGGUUUCUGACGAUGUGCACUAGACACUUCGGGAGUGUUGUAGCCCAAACAAUUCGAACUCAGAAGACAGACCAGUUUCCACUUUUCCUUAUUAUUAUGGGAAAACGAUCAUCUAAUGAAGUAUUGAAUGUAAUUCAAGGUAACACAACAGUGGAUGAGCUAAUGAUGAGGCUGAUGGCUGCAAUGGAGAUCUUCAGUGCCCAGCAGCAGGAAGACAUAAAGGAUGAGGAUGAACGUGAAGCCAGAGAAAAUGUGAAAAGAGAGCAGGAUGAAGCAUACCGCAUAUCACUGGAGGCUGACAGAGCAAAGAGGGAAGCACAAGAGAGAGAAAUGGCAGAGCAGUUUCGCUUGGAACAGAUUCGGAAAGAACAGGAGGAAGAACGUGAG